AUGUCAAAACCAUUGGUUGAGUGUGUACCAAAUUUCUCAGAGGGUAGAGACCCAAAGAUUAUUGAGGCAAUCACAAAUGCCAUCAAAGAAACACCGGGAUGUACUUUGUUGGAUGUCGACCCAGGUAAAUCAACAAAUAGAACUGUUGUAACCUUUGUUGGUGAUACUACAGCUAUUGUAAACGGUGCUUUCAAUGCUACAAAGGUUGCAUUCCUAUUGAUCGAUAUGACCAAACAUCAAGGUGCUCAUCCACGUAUGGGUGCAUUGGAUGUUUGUCCAUUUGUACCAGUUCGUGAUGUUACCAUGGAAGAUUGUAUCGAGUGUGCCAAACAAUUUGGAAAGCGUUGUGCUGACGAGUUGGGAUUACCAAUUUUCUUGUAUGAAGAAGCAUCGAAUCGUGAUUACAGAAAGCAAUUGAAACAAAUCAGAAACGGUGAAUACGAAGGUCUCGAGGAGAAAUUGAAGGAUCCAAAGUGGGCACCAGAUUUCGGACCUGCAAAAUUCAUCCCAAGCUACGGUGCAUCGGUUACUGGUGCUCGUAACUUUUUGAUUGCUUACAAUGUCAAUGUUCUUGGUACAAAGGAACAGGCACAUCGUAUUGCAUUGAAUGUCCGUGAAGCAGGUCGUUCCGAGAAGGAGCCAGGUCGUUUAAAGAUGGUCAAGGGUAUUGGAUGGUAUGUCGAUGAAUACAACAUGGCACAAGUCUCAAUGAAUCUCGAUAACUACAAGGUGACCGCCGUUCACACCGUCUUUGAAGAGUGUUCAAAGGAUGCCCGUGAGCUGAACCUCGCCGUUACCGGUUCGGAAAUCGUUGGACUCGUUCCAUUGGAUGCUAUCUUGAUGGCCGCUGACUAUUAUAUUAAACAGGAGAACUUGUUCAUCAUCGAUGAAGGUCAAAAGGUUAGACUUGCCAUCAACCGUCUCGGCUUGAGCGCGUGCAGUCCGUUCGACCCAAAGAAGCGUAUCAUUGACUACAUGGUACAGGAAGACUUAAAGGUAGCUGAACCAUUGGCAUCAAUGACCGUUCGUUCCUUCAUUGAGAUCGUUGGUGCACGUACUACCGCUCCAGGUGGUGGUAGUGUUGCAGCAAACAUUGCUGCUCUUGGAUCUGCUCUUGGUGCCAUGGCUGGUUGGAUGACCUACGGUAAAAAGAAGUUUGAAGAUCUCGACUCCACCAUGAGAGAAUUAAUUCCACCAUUAGAUAAUUUACAAAAUAUACAAACGUUUGUUAAUAUUUCACUUCAAAUGCUAUUAUUAAAAAGGGCAAUGAAAGAUUUGAUUCCAAUGAUUGAUGCAGAUACUAAAGGAUUCAAUGAAUAUGUUGAAUCGAUGUCUGUCAAGGGACCACAAAGAGAUCAAGCCGUGUUGAAUGCACUCAAGAAGGUUGUCAAUAUUCCAUUGAAUACAAUGAGAAUCUCCAAUAGCAUUUGGCCAACAAUGUUAAAGAUGGCAGAGUGUUGUAAUAUCAACUCCAAGUCUGAUUUCGAUAUCGGUGUCAAGGCAUUGGAGCUAGGAGUCUGGGGUGCAUUGCAAAAUGUAAAUAUCAAUCUCGUCGAUAUGAAAGAUGAAAAGUUCAAGGCUGAAGUGCAAGCCGAGUGCAAAGUCAUCUGGGAGAACACUGUAAAGUGCUCAGAGAAAGCCCUUGCUAUUACCAAUAGUAGAUCAUCAUAA